CAUCGCCAUCUCUCUCUCUGUCUUUCGCACUGUCUUUAUCUUUGUUUUCUUGCAUAAACACAAGGAUUGCGCAAAAGCUACUGCGCUCAGACGCUGUCCGAAAGACAGCUUCAUCCUCAAAUCUCACUCUCCCUCUAGAAAAAAGAUCGUUUCUUGGAGCAAGAACAGCACCAUCUUCUCGUUUCUAGAGAGAGAGAGAGAAUGCAAGAUCCGGCGAAUGACUUGUUUCCACCACCCUCAUCUCCGACAGCAUCCUCAAUCUCUUCCUCUGAUCUCGACACCGAGUCCACGGGUUCUUUCUUCCAUGACCGGAGCACGACCCUCGGGACCCUGAUGGGCGUCAGCUUCCCCGCAAUCGCCUUCCGAAACCCAUCUCAGCAUCGCGAAGCCCACCACCAGACCACCUCCUCCUCCUCCGCCGCCGCGGCAGCCUCGGGAGGGGGCCGGAAAUGCAAGAAGCCCAAGAAGAAGAAGGCCGUCACGGCCGCGGCGGCGCUGGUGGCGGAACGGCGGAGGAGGUGGUGGCGGCUCUGCCAGGACGACGGCGCGAAGCCGGCGUCCCUCGGCGAGUUCCUCGAGAUCGAGCGGAGGUUCGGGGACGGCGCGUUCUACGACGGCGCGCCGCGUUCGGAGCUCGAUGGGAUCGCGGAUAGCAACAAUCAGCAGAGAAACGGAAGGGUCCUGUUCGCCGACGGCCGGGUCCUGCCGCCCGCGGUGGACGUCGGCGACGGGACGCCGUCGGCCGACGGCGGGGCUCUGUGUCGGUUCUCGGUGUCGCUCACUGGGCUCUGUUCUUGACUCCGAGAGAGAGAUUCUUGUCGUCAUUAGGGGUCUGAUCAUUCUUUUUGUAAGCUUGUCAUUUAGGAGUUGAUGAUCAUAAAGCAUUAAUUUGGCUUCA